AUGGUGAAUAUGCAGACUCUGCCGACUUCUCUCUCAUUACUGGUUUGUUCUCUCCUUCUUGCGACUACUUCUUCCGCUCUACAUGUCAGGCCUCGUCUCGAUACCUUUCCCACGCCGGUCGCGGAUCUUCCAAACGCAGCAGCACCAGCCGCCAUCACUGCUGCUCCGUCCCUCGAUAUCCUAGGCGACUUGAAGUUUGCACGGGCUCUUCCUACCAUCCCCUCAUGUGCCACUUCAUGUGUCGCCUCGGCGGUUACAAAAUCGACGGAUUGCAAACUGGGAGACUACCAAUGCGAGUGUAAUUUUGCGACUGUCAUUAAUCAAGGAGCGGCUACCUGCGUUCAAAGUGCUUGUGGAUUUGAAGGCGCUCUUCAGGCGCAGGUAGCGGGCGAGCAGCUAUGUCUCAGUGUGCUCGGGGGACUUGUUCCUUCUUCUACUCCUACCAACAAGAACAAUAGCAGUCCUAGUCCUUCACCCGGCUCUGGCUCUUCAUCUUCGAACGCAUCUUCGCCAAAACCGAGUGGCUCAUCAGGGGGAUCAUCUGGAUCUACAUCUAACUCAGGCUCCGGCUCAGGCUCGAACAAACCCAGCAAAAAGACCAAGCUCUCCGGAGGUGCCAUUGCCGGCAUUGUCGUCGGCGUUGUAGCGGGCAUCACCGCCGCAGCCGGAGCCAUCUGGAAGUUCUGUCUGACCAAGAUGAAAGGAGGAAACACUGCUGAAGGGACAGCCGCAGCUGGAGUAAAUGGAACAAAUGGAGCGCCGCCCUCUGGAGCUGCUCUCGAAACCGCCCAAGUACACUCCGAUCCUGCCAAGCCUACCGGACUUACUUCGACUACACCGCUGUCGACGACGACGACGCCGAGCGAAUUAUCUAAUAACCACCCUCACACCGUUUCGAGCGUAUCACCGCCGUAUCAAAGCCCUGUUACACCAACUCCUCCAGUGUACCCCAACGCGGCGGAGCUGUCCAACGGAUCAUGGCCGCAACAGCAGCAGCCUCCAGCUGGAUAUGGAUAUCCGCCUCCUCAACAGACCGGGCAGCCAAUGCAUGGCUAUCAAGUGCCUGGACAGCAGCAACAAUAUGCGCCAGUACAGUCCUAUCCGCAAAUGCACCAGGCAUAUCAUGAAGCUCCAGGAGCACCGCCGCCAGAAAUGGCUGGUGAUACGCAUAUUGUGCAGGAGUUGCACGGACAAACUACUUCAGGGGGAGUCUAUGAGAUGGGUCACUGA